CGACCAUUGACAGCCUGCAUCGGCGCGGCAAGGCUGCGUCUGUCAUUGGAAGUGUGAAGACAUCCGCCAACAUGUGCCGACGGGGGUGGAGGACAUCGAGCAUUUAUUCUACAUCACCGGCGUCCCCGCGACCCACUACGACGCAGCAUAUGUAACGAGGCCUGUCACGAGUUGGACGAAGUCUUCAUUUACGCGGGAUCCCCUCGAAAGAGACACAGCGCAACCGUCACAGAACACCUUCACGCCGGCAGAAACAUGGAAGCCGAUGAUGCGGUCGAGCACGACAGUACCUUUGGAGGUGAUCGAGAGUCCGUGGCAAGCAGCAGCACGUCUAUGAGCAGCGCAGUCACCAGAUACCAAUACGAGAAUGGUCGCCGAUAUCAUGCCUAUCAAGCUGGAAAGUACUUCUUUCCCAACGAUGAGCAAGAGCUGGACCGGCAAGAUUUGGAGCACCAUAAUCAGAAGUUACAGCUGGAUGGGAAGCUACACAAGUGCCCUCUAGUGGAUGAACCUAAAGAGAUUCUAGAUAUCGGGACAGGCACUGGAAUAUGGUGCAUGGAGAUGGCGGACCAGUACCCCGAUUGUCAGAUCAUAGGAACCGAUCUAAGUCCCGUGCAACCGACAUGGGUACCACCCAACUGCCGCUUCGAGAUCGACGACUUCGAAAACGAAUGGACGUUUGGCAACAAUCGAUUUGAUAUGAUCCACCAUCGCUUCCUAGUCGGCCACAUAUCGGAUCCACCCGAAUUCUACAAACGGGUAUUCAACGCGCUGAAACCCGGAGGCAGCCUCGAGCUGGCGGAGAUGGAGCUUGGGACAUUUUGCGAUGAUGGCUCGGUGCCAGAAGACUGCUCCAUCAUGCAAUGGGGUGAUUAUCUGAAUGAAGCAUUUCGAAAGAUGGGCAGGGUACCGCUCACCGCAGACCAAUACAAAGAAUUGCUGGAGCAGCAGGGCUUCGAGAACGUGCACGCGGAGGUUAUCAAGAGGCCCUCGAACGACUGGCCGAAGGAUCCGAAGUGGAAAGAGAUAGGACGGUACAGCUGCUUGAACUACCUGGAGGGCCUGGAAGGAUUUACAGUGGCUCCAUUCACCAGAAUCCUGGGCUGGAAAUUGGAAGAAGUGCAAGUCUUCGUGGCUGCUGUGCGCAAGGAUUGGGUGAAGAGGAAAUACCAUGCAUACCAUAAGGGCAUACUUGUAUAUGCGACAAAGCCCAAGCUACCGGCGCAAUGAAAGAGGGGUGCUCAUCUCGCAACGCCGCAAUUUGUCCAAUGGCACCCACCUGCGAACCAACCACGCAGAAAGCGAUUCGCUUAUGAGCACAAAUCACCAUCGCAAUCCCAGACCUGCGGCCACGCCUCCAGUGAUACGCUUGUUGCUCUGUUGGUGGAGGCGAUCAGGUACAUCUGGUCGCAUGCAGCGCUGACGGCCGUCGCUUCCGCAGCUCACAAGAAUGGUGUUCGAUGUUGUGCUGAAUUGCUUCCACAGCCUAGAUUGCUGACUCGCACAUUUCAUAGGUCAUCGUUGCCGAGGGGCCCAUACAAAUCCUUUGAUCAUUUGAAGCUUCUCGUUGCCUGUGACACCCCUACGGGAGUGUCCAAUUCAACCACUUCGUUCUACCCGGAGGUACGGACCCGAAUUGGGCAGGUCGGAGUUGGACGCCGAUCCAAUAUUCGAUCUCCAGCUUGGCAAUUCAUGCGACAGUGUGCCCAGAGAGACAGGAGUGUAUUUGGAGUGAAUUCAGAUUUCGAUCAAAUGUGCAGUCAGCCAACUCGCCCAGAUAUCUUCGUCGCCCCGAGACUGUGACUGCG